UCGCAAAUGAAACCGCAGCAUAAAAUCGUUUAGAAUUAGUCGGAGACCAGCCCAGUCUAUGACCAUUUAUUAUGUACAUUUUAUGCAUAGCGCCAAGAAAUAUGGACCCCAGUGUUUCAACGAAAGGCGUUAGCCGCUAUCCCGUUUUCUCCCAAAAUGCCGUUCUUCUCGUCCAAACGGAGUCGUCCUGAAAUCCAAAAUGACUGAUAGGGGUUCUAGACGCUCCAGGACCCUGUCGGACUGUCAGAAUGUGGAGAGAGGCGCCAAGAAACUGUCGUCCCGGAGCCAGUCUGCUGAUUACUGGGCCGGGGAUCGCGACCAGCCUUCUUCGCCGACUAGCGGGGGCCACGGCGGCGGUGGUAGGGGUGGCGGUGGGGCCAUGCAGAUCGACACUCCGGCCCGCUUCCGGCACGUCAGUGGUAUCACCAGCGAAACAGUGUCCACCAUCCAGGCUGCAGAACGGGAACUCUUUGCAGACCUCUCUCGAGCGCAAGCUUUCGAAGACACAGAUGCAACAUUUGCAGUCUUCGGCCGGCCAAGUAACGGCAAGCUCCGGAUAAAUGUCGCCCAGGAGAGAGAGAUUCUGGGAGGGGCGUACCUGCUGCGCACUGUGGAAAUCAACAAGAUACCCGGUCAAACGUUAGGGUUCUUUAUUCGCGAGGGGGACGGGAUGGAAAGAAGGGACGGUAUUCACGUAUCGCGCCUCAUGCUGGGUGGAUUGGUGGAGGAAUCAGGACUUAUACAAAUAGGCGAUGAAAUUCUGUAUGUAAAUAAUGUUGACAUUUCGAGAAAAACCCUCGACGAAGUGUACAUGAUUUUACAGAUCCCUAUACGGUUACUGAUAACUCUUAAAUCGCGGCAGAUUGGGAAGGGGGUGUUUCGGUCGAGCUGGGGUUCGUUCACAUCGGACAACAUUAGCCCGGGUCGGUUUUCGCCAGCAGCCCUAGGCUUGGGCUCCAAACAGAGGUCCAUAUCGGUAGGUACAAACAGCUCCUUGGGCUCAACGUCGGAUCGUAGCCCUGGGUCGUUCACAGACGGCAGCCAGUCUUGCAUGUCCGCUUUUGAGGACAAGGAAAACAGUCACCGGUCGAAUAUGCGAAGUUCCAAUCAACACAGGCCGUUAGACUUGCGCGGAGCCAAGGGCUCCUACUACCUUGAUAUGGACCUACGUGAGGAGUCCGAACAACAAGUGCAAUCAGCUCUGGAGCCGGACAUGGCUGGUAGUAGUACGACAAGUAGCAGCAGCAACAGCAGUGCAAUUGGGGGCACCAGUGGCAGAGCCACGGCCCUUCCUCUUCCAGUUCCCGUCACGAGAGACUUCAAACUGAGGCACCUGAGUGCCAGCGACGCCCAGCGUGAGUCGGAAACCCCUAAACCCGAGACGUUCCACCGUGCAGCGUCGUUCGACCCCAGCACCCUCCCUGUGGAGGAAGACAGUGAUAACAUGGUCUUCGUGGACGAUGAGGAUUACGAUGACCUCCGCGCGAUUCCUGACACCGAAAUGGAUUCCUUUACCAAUGUGCACGGCUUGCGCAGCAGCGUUCCUGCCUACUCCGGUCGCAAAAAGCAGAGGCCUUAUUCGGCCUUCAUCGAGACUGACCAUAAGGGAUUUAGUAAAGAGGUCGACGACAUUAGGAAGGACGCUGAGAAACGGGGGUCGGGAAAACUGAGACGGGCGUCGUCUUCAGAUGAUGUCAUUGCUGCUUUAACUACUUCUGCAAAACCUAGAGGACAUGUUAACACUAGACAACAUUCCAGUUCGGGAGAUUCCAGAACAGUGCGGCCGCGAUCGGCCAUUCUUGAGUUCUUGCCCAAUGCCAUGAGGCGCUCGGGGGAAGGCAAAGGCCGGCAACGCAAACCAGGCCAAUCAGAGAAGUCCUCCAAGUCCAGUCUCAUGGGCAAGAAGACAACGGACAAGAGCUCUGCAGAGUCAACGGCCGAAGGCGGCUCGCGUUACGUGCCCAAACCCUCGCCGGAUAAGAAAACUCGACGGAUAUCCGCAAGCAAACCUCUAGACAUUGACGUGACGCAGUUUACUAAGUACAAGAGUGACCUUGGCUCGCGCCUGCGCAACAGACAGAUGCCCCUGUCUGGAAUCCUGACUCUUCACCUGUACGGCAGCAGGAAAAUGCUGCCCUCUUUGUCUUCGCGGAAAGAAAACCGCGACCUGUACUGUGUGAUGGAGGUGGACGCCGUCCACAAGGCGCAGACCGCGACGGUCUCGGCCAGGGAUGAGUUCUGUUGGGACGAAAAGUUUGAGAUUGAUCUGGAGCGGGCGCACGAUCUGGGCCUGCUGAUCUACAGCUACACCGACUGGGACACCAACCGACAGAAGCUGUGUUACAAAGCGGUGGUCCGACUGACCCAGCUGCUUAUGCAUUCCACGCGGCCCAAGGAUGAGCCCUUCCGAUUGGCCGUGCGGCUUGAACCCCGCGGCAUCAUGUAUGCAAAGUUUUCCUUCACAGAGCGGCACGUGACCCUCAAGCGUGUGCCGUCGUUAGACCGACGCGGGUUGUUCGGAGUCCCCCUUGAAGUGGUGGUGCGCAGAGAGAACACGCACACCAACAUUCCCAUCAUCGUGCAGAAGUGUAUUGAAGAAAUCGAGCUUCGUGGUAUCAACAUGGUGGGCGUGUAUCGGGUCUGCGGCUCGGCCAAACGUAAGAAGCGUCUUCACGAUGAGUUUGAAGCCUCCAGUAGCUUGGUGGAUCUGUCCAGAGAGAAUCAUCCUGACCUGAAUGUCAUCACAGGUGUCCUGAAGGACUAUCUUCGCGAGCUUCCGGAGCCACUCUUCACCAGUAAGAUGUGCCAGCGCUUCAUGGACACUUUCGGCAACCAGACCAGGGAUCCGACCGACGACGGGGAACAACUGGUCAAAAUGAUCGAGUCGCUUCCACCAGCCAAUAAGACAACUGGUUCCUACAUCAUGGACCACUUGAAGCUCAUCAUGGUGCACUCGGAGGCCAACAAGAUGAACGCUUACAACAUCGCCGUCUGCUUCGGCCCCGUGCUGAUGAGCGCCGCCUCCUGCGGCAGCAACACCGCCCUCUGUCGGGAGGUGGCGACAGGCAAAGACGCCGACUAUGAGAGGCACAUUGAUGUACUGCAAACGAUGGUGGAGUUGUGGCCGGGCAAAAGGGAAAACUUUGCCAAGAUGCAGCAGGACCUCAAAGAGCAACAGGAGCUCCUGGAGGAAGAAGAACGUCCCGAGCCCGAACCCGAACCAGACCACGACCCCUUACUCGACAACGACCCGCUCCUAGACAACCAAGAGGAGGACAGCUGUUACCAUAGCAACGACGACUUGGACGAGACGCUGCGAGCCAAAGACGGCGACGAGGACAGCGAGAAAGCUAGCCAGCAGCAGCAAGAGGAGGAGGAGCAGCAAGAGCAGCAACAAGAGCAGCAGCAGCAGCAGCAGCAAGAAGACGAUUGGGACUCAGAUAACUUGCAAGUAUCUCCCUGUUGAAUCAUAUCAGCUUGGGUACGGUAAAAAUUCUUCAACAAAAUUAUUACGAAUUAGACUUUUGGGUGUUUUGGAAAUCCACGCUUCAUGUCCAGCUUGGGAAUAAUGUCUGGUUUUAAAUAAAUUUCAAACGAAAACCGAAUAAAAACACUGUAAAAGUUGGUCUCGUGCUAUUGUGUGGUAUUUACAAAGCACCCUUUUGCCCAAGGAUACCAAGUGCUAAUUAUUACUCCUGUUCAUCAGGCCAUGAGACCAUUUUUCUAUAGCAGCUCGAGGUCAGCGCAGUCAGGUUCCCAUUUAUACUCCUGGGUGGAGAGAGGCAAUUGCAACCCAUGUCAGUCGGUGUCUUGCCCAAGAACACAAUCACUGUGUUCCCUAGUCAAGGUGCAAACAGUGUUAACUAUUGCACCACAGUGCUGCACAGGAUGUGACGUUCCGGAAAAAGAGUGUGGACCAUCAUGAAGCCAGAGUUCCCCAAGACAGGGACCUAAAAAAAAAACACCUGUAGCCAAAGCUGGAGACAAGCAAAGGUUUCGGAAAACCCCAAGGUCAAGCCCAUCUCAAGGCCAAUCACAAGUCCAAUCACAAGUCCAAUCACAAGUCAGGUCACACAAGUAGGAGCAGUGCAGGAGUUUUGCCAUGCAGUAAGUGUGCUUUGCAAACUUUAGGCUAUAACAAAUGUUCACACACGCACAAAACACUUGUGAGCCAAUCGUCACAGAAAUGGAAUGCAACCCUUUAAAACUGUACUACAUGUAAACAUACUGUACAUGUACAUGUAUGUUCACCUCGUGAACCAAGCGAUUACUAUUUAUUGUCCUGUACAGUGUCCUAGCAAAUUAGCUAGUAUUUAUUUUUUUCUGCUAAGUGUGCUUAAGCGUUGAUGGUAUUGGUCUUUUAGAAAUCGAGCAAGUACAUGUACAUGCAU